CAAGUUCCCUGUAACAAUGGCACUGGUGGUUGCACCACCAUCACACCCCACUUCUACAACUACACGUUUUCCAAUCCACCAUCACCACAGACACUUACUAAACCUCCUUGAAAACUGUAAGGACAUCUCGCAACUCAAACAAAUUCAUGCUCAAGCUCUAAGAACAACAACACCUAACCAUCCAGAUACCCUUUACUUAUACAGUAGAAUCAUGCAUUUCUCUGCUUUUUCUGAUCUUAAUUACUCGUCUCGUCUACUUCCUCAAAUUCACCAUACGAAUUCAUUCAUUUGGAAUACUCUUAUAAGAGCUUAUGCAUGGAGUAAUCACCUCAAAGACCAGUCCAUUAUACUCUAUCGUAGAAUGCUGAUUGAAGGUUGUGUUGCGCCGGAUAAACACACGUUUCCGUUUGUUCUCAAGGCUUGCGCUUUCUUGUCGGAUUUAUGUGAAGGUCAACAGAUUCAUGGGCACGUUCUGAAACUGGGAUUUGGUUCAGAUAAGUAUGUUAACAAUAGUUUGAUUCAUUUUUAUGUGUCUUGUGGGUGUUUGGAUUUAUCUGUGAAAGUAUUUGAAGAAAUGCCUGAGAGAAAUCUUGUUUCUUGGAAUGCUAUGAUUGAUGGGUUUGUUCAGUCUGGUGAUUUUGUUGCUGCUUUGAGAAAGUUUGUUGAAAUGCAAGAGUUGUUUGAACCGGAUGGGUUUACGUUGCAGAAUUUGGUGAGCGCUUGUGGUGGAUUAGGAACUUUGUCUCUAGGAAUGUGGGUUCAUGCUUAUAUGUUGAGGAAUUGUGACUCUGUUGUGCACAAUGAUGUUUUGAUGAACAACUCAUUGGUGGAUAUGUAUUGCAAAUGUGGUUCUGUCGAAAUGGCUCGUCAAGUUUUUGAUGGAAUGGAUAAAAGAGAUGUAACUUCUUGGAAUUCGAUGGUUUUAGGAUUUGCAAUGCAUGGGGAAAUAGAAAAUGCAUUAGAAGCAUUUGAUUCCAUGUGUGAGAUGAAGAAUAUAAUGCCAAAUUCAAUUACAUUCAUCGGUAUUUUGAGUGCGUGUAAUCACGGUGGAAUGGUUUGUGAAGGGAAAAAGUAUUUUGAUUUGAUGGCCGAGGUUUACAAGAUUGAACCUCGGUUAGAGCAUUAUGGAUGCAUGGUUGAUCUUCUUGCUCGUAAUGGACUUAUCAAUGAAGCUUUGGAUUUAGUUUCAAGUAUGCCUAUAAAACCUGAUGUGGUGAUUUGGAGAAGUUUACUUGAUGCUUGUUGCAAGAGAAAUGCAGAUAUUGAACUCAGUGAAAGAGUCGCCAAACAAGUUCUUGCGUCCGAAGAGGGUGUCUCCAGUGGUGUUUACGUUCUCUUAUCCAAAAUUUAUGCCUCGGCGAACCGGUGGGAAGAAGUUGGGCUAGUUAGGAAUCUGAUGAGUGAGAAAGGAAUCGUAAAAGAACGGGGUUGCAGUUCAAUAGAGUUGGAAGGUGAAUUUCAUCGAUUUAUCUCUGGUGAUACAUCACAUCCUCAUACCAAAGAGAUUUACCAAACAUUAGAUGUUAUUGAACAGAGAUUACAAAAUGUGGGUUAUGUUCCUGACUUAUCAGAAGCAUCUAUGAUCGAUGAACUCGACGACAGAAAACAAAAUUCACUUUGUUUACAUAGUGAAAGACUAGCAAUUGCGUUUGGGCUACUUAAGUCAAGACCAGGAAUACCAAUUCGCAUCUUUAAAAACCUUAGAGUUUGCAAUGACUGUCAUACUGUAACCAAAUUAAUCUCUAGAUUAUUUGAUGUAGAUAUUGUUGUAAGAGAUCGUGUACGAUUCCAUCAUUUCAAAGAUGGUUUCUGUUCUUGCAAGGAUUACUGGUAACAUAAAUUUAAAUAGUAUAUAAAUUUAUCAUCCUGGUGCUGGAAAAGUAUAAUCAGGGGCAGAGAUGUUCUUACGACUAGCUUAAAAUGGGCUUUUCGUGAUGGAGCUUCAUAUUGAUGUUUGGGCGGACAACUGGUUUGACACUGUCCCUGUAUGCUCGCUGGUUGAUUAUAUACCGCGGAUGACUUGAAAACUUAUGAAGAGGUUUUGGGGUUGUCAGAAAUGAUCUAGGACAAUUUUUUGCUGCCUUCGCACGACAUAUCUACAAGAAUGGGAACAAUAUGGCAGAAAUCUGAGCCAUACAUGAGGGUUUAACCCUUGUGCACAAUUUCACCAUGUUUGGCUGAUGCGAGUGUUUUGGUAUCUCAAUAAGGCAGCUAAUAAUGAAUGGUUGUUUAAUGUGAAAACUACAGUGAGACCCAUUUUCCCAGAUUUUUCCACUGAGAAACCCACAUAUAGAAAACUUCAGACGCGCCCACAUCUUUGGGGAAAAAGUUACUCCCAAACCCAUAUUUUCUAAAAAUUCUGCUUUUUCUUUUAACUCUUUUCCCGUGACUUCUCCUUUGUCUUCUCUCUUUCAAUCAAAGAAUAAGGUUUUUGUUCGAUCGGAAAUGGAGGUAAAGAAACGAGAAAGGUGAAGAAAUGGAGGCGCUGGUGUCCUAGGCUAAGGGAGAUCUGGGAAAUUGAUCUCGCUGUCAUGAAUUAUUGAGUGAAAUCAUAGAAUAUUAAAAAGAAAUUUUGAGAGUUCAUAUGGCUGUAUGACAUGGGUUUAGUUUUAGUUUGAGUACUGCAGAUCGAGAACUGAUGUUGGUAGUCUGGGAUGGAUGCAAAGGGUUCUAUGAUGUGUACAUUUGGGAAGAAACGACGAUGUUAUGAUAAUUCAGAGUUAGGUUUUGAAAUCAGUGAAGAAGAAAAGGGAAUAUCAUUGUCCCAUGAAUAUCAGGGUUGUUUACAUCGAUUCACGGGAAAUUAAAGAAGCAAGUGAGAGUGUCUGAUCAAUUAUGAGUUGGGUUGGAGUCGUAUUUGUGUUUGGAAAAGACUUGCUCGAUGUAAGGAAAAUGGGGAGUUGCUGUGUCUGCUAUUGAUUCAGCCAGAGAAACCAAAUCAAAGUUUCACUGAAAUAGCAUGCUUAUGUAUAUACAUGUUAAGAAGAACCCGAUUAAUGGCAAUGGGAGCGGAGUCCUUUACAGUAGGGGCGGAGCCAGCUCAAAAUUGAAGGCUUAAGUGUUCGUGUGGGAUCCCGUGAUUUUACUGAUGGUAUUUUUGAUGGAUAUUAAUUUUAUUCAAUGAUAAAGUAGCAUGAUUACUGCAUUUUCUUUGGUUGUCGGUUGGGAAGGUACGGAUGUAUUGGUGUUGGUGUUCGUCAUAGUGGUUGAAUAAUUUGUUAUUUUUCAUUGGUGGUGAUGCAGUGUGCAACUGGUGUUGGUUGGA